UACAUUAGCGUGAAACCGGGAGAUGGCGACAGGGCAACAAAUGGAUUUACACCGCUCGUAUAAUCCCAGAAGAAGAACACUCCGCAGACACUUAGGCUGCCGGCUUCCUCUUCUGUUUCAGAACCAUGUCGUCCACUCAGUGUACAGACCUUGGCCGGGCGCUUUGCAUUAUCACCGGGGCCUCCAGAGGCUUUGGCCGGACUAUAGCGAGGGAGAUGUCUGGGUUGGUGAAGCCUGGUUCGGCGCUCGUCCUGACGGCCCGCUCCGGUGAUGACCUGCGGUCUCUGGAGGCGGAGCUGGCCGAGUCUGAGGCAGGCAGAGCGGGGCUGGUGGUGGAGUGUGUGGUGGCAGACCUGGGUCAGAUGGAAGGAUUGGGGAGCGUUGUCAGAGCAUCGAAAGAAGCUUUCUCUGAGGACAUAGAUCACGUGAUACUGGUCAACAACGCUGCCUCUCUGGGUGAUGUUUCCCGUGAUGCCAAGAGCUUCACCGACAUGGCGGAGGUGGACUCGUACUUGUCUCUCAAUGUCAGCUCCUCCCUGUGCCUCACCGCCAGCAUCCUGCAGGCUUUUCCACAGCUUCCAGGUCUGCGGCGCUCUGUGAUCAACAUCACCUCGCUGUGCGCCCUGCAGCCUUUUCGUUCUUGGGUGCUGUACUGCACCGGCAAGGCUGCUCGAGAGAUGAUGUUCAGGGUGCUGGCAGAAGAGGAGCCGGACCUGCGGGUGCUCAGCUACUCUCCAGACAAAUGUUUGUACUGUCCAGUCCAACCCGUGCUCACCAUUGGUCACUGUAUUGUACCAGGGCCUCUGGACACGGACAUGCAGAAGGUGGCCAGAUCCAGAACAGCUGAUCCCAGCAUAAGGAAGUCUUUUUCUGACAUGUUCGCUCAGGGCCAGCUGCUCACCUGUGAGGCGUCCUGUGCCAAGCUGAUGAAGCUGCUCCUAGAAGACAGCUACACAUCAGGAGCUCACGUCGACGUCUAUGACCUCUAGACACAGCAUGAGCACUUACAGCUAUUUAGCAUUGGGCCAGAUUAUUUCUAUGUGUGCCUUGAUUUUAAUUGAAGCUAUUAAUGUAUACCUACCACUUAUACUACAAUUAUAAUUGGGAAAGUUAAUAGGUGACUCAUAUUUCCCUGUCAAUCUUAACUCUGUAUGUUGUAGCCUAUUGUUAAACUGACUACAUGACAGCCUGAUGUUAUCAAAUUUACAUUCCAAACGCUCCAGAGCAGAAGUGCACUCACCAGCGAAGCUGCAGCAGAGAUAGAGAACAUUUAGAAGUGUUUUAAAGGAGCAGUGUGCAGGAUGUAGUUACAACCAGCUUAACGUCGUUAUUGACCUGAACUGUGAAACUAUCUGUUGUUAUUUGGUGGAUUACAUGUCAAUGUCUAUUUCUUUGGAGCAGAUGGCUCAGAACUACACAUUGAACCUUUAAUGUUGCUGUGAUGCUUACAAAUAUGGACCUGUUCCACAUGUUCAAAAUAUUUUUCACACAUUCCUCAAUGUAUGACUUACUAUUUUUAUAUAAAUAUAGAUGGAAAAUUGUUGCUUUAUAAAUGCUCACCUUUGCCUGUUAUCAAAAUGAUUUGUGUAAACUUAAAAUUGUAUAUUACAGAAAUGCAAUACUGAGCUUAUUUUUUAUCAUUUGUAUUAUAUUAUUUGUGGGUUUUUUUGUCCUUUUGUUUUCAUUGAAGGCCCCGAUAAGAAUCUGACAAUCUUACCUACAAAAAUAUCACAGUACAUAUACACAUUAUAUGGGGGAGGCAUGAACAUCCAUGUACCUCAUUCUACCCAACAGUUCUGACAUUCCACAGGAUCUGUAACUGUACCAAAGAUUAGAAUGACCGAUCAUGAUGAUGUCUGACCACAAUAGCAUCUUUCAGGCAAACACAUUGGCAAAUCCAAAAAAGUGUUACUCUGUGUCUGCUGUAUCUAGGCAACUCUGUCCGGUACCAUAUCAACGUCAUGCAAUGAUAGUAAUGUAUACAGCUUGUUCUGCUAUAUUCAAGUGACCAACAAUAAAAAAUCAAUUAAUGUG